UCAAGUUUUCAACUAAUUACUUGUUAGUUGACUAGCUUAUUCAGAAGAAAAUACCGAUAAGAGAAGUCGGGUCAACUUUGUAAAAAAUGAAAUCGCGUGCAUCAUUUCCGCUGUUUCUCUGAUGAAAUCGCGUGCAUCAUUUCCGCUGUUUCUCUGUUAAUCAAUUGAGUUCAUCCUCUGGCGAUUGCUCAUAGAAAGGAGAGCACAAACCGAUCACGGUUUCUGGCUAGGAUUUCCAUCCAUUGUUGUAGCUUAGAAUAGAAAGUUCCAAGCUUCUGUCACUGAAAUAUGGUGGCUGCAGGAAGCAGAAGAUAUGUGUUAAGCUUAGGUCUAGGAAUUCUGGUGUUUACCUUCUUUUGUGCUGGAGCAGAAGCUAAGUGCAGCAGUGGCUGCGGUCUCGCCUUGGCCUCUUAUUACAUCUGGCAAGGAACCAAUAUUUCAUUCAUCUCCGAAAUCUUCUCUGCUUCAAGGGAAGAUAUUGUUAGCUACAACUCUCUAUCUACCCAGGAUUUUAUUCCAUUUGGCACCAAAAUUAACAUUCCCUUCUCCUGCGAAUGCUUAAAAGAAGAUUUCCUGAGUGAACAAGUUCUGGGUCAUGUGUUCAAUUACUCAGUUAGGUCUGGCGAUGUCUAUUCAAUUGUCGCUGAGACAUAUUAUUCGAACCUCACGACCGUAGAAUGGUUGGAGAAGUUUAAUACCUACUCUGCCUCAGGAAUCCCAGACAACGCCCAUCUCAAUGUCACAGUGAAUUGUUCAUGUGGGGAUAGCAGUGUUUCCAAAGAUUAUGGGUUGUUUACAACGUAUCCUCUCCGUCCCGUUGAUACCUUGGCAUCCGUUGCAUCUGAAUUCAAUAUUUCCGCCAGUUUGUUGCAGAGCUACAACCCAAAUACAAAUUUCAGCCUUGGGAGUGGUUUGGUGUUUGUUCCCACCAAAGAUCAAACGGGAAGCUAUCGACCACUGAAUUCAAGUGCAGGAAUUUCUAGUGGAGCCAUUGCUGGCAUAUCUAUUGCAGUGGUAGCUGGAACACUGCUUUUGGCGGUUUCAGUGUACUUUCAAAUUUAUAAGAGAAAGAAGGCGAAGGGGGCAGUGUUGCUCACCACAGCACCUGAUGAUAGUUCUACUAAACAUGGGCAUGGUACCUUGGAUAAAACCACCGAGAUUGUUUCUCUUGUUGGUGCUUCUCCGGGGCUUACAGGUCUCACCGUUGAAAAAUCAGUGGAGUUCUCAUAUGAAGAGCUUGCAGAGGCUACAAAUGACUUCAAUUUGGCUGGUAAAAUUGGCCAAGGUGGCUUUGGGUCAGUUUACUAUGCAGAACUGAGGGGGCAGAAAGCUGCAAUCAAGAAGAUGGAUAUGAAAGCAUCAAGGGAAUUCCUUGCUGAGUUGAAGGUUCUGACACGUGUUCAUCACUUGAACCUGGUGCGAUUGAUAGGUUAUUGCAUUGAGGGUUCUUUGUGCUUAGUCUAUGAAUUUAUUGAUAAUGGAAACUUGAGCCAACAUUUGCAUGGCUUCGGGAGGGAACCACUCACAUGGUCUACUAGGGUGCAAAUUGCCCUUGAUUCAGCAAGAGGUCUUGAAUAUAUCCAUGAGCAUACUGUUCCUGUAUACAUCCAUCGUGAUAUUAAAUCAGCAAACAUUUUGAUAGACAAGAACUUCCAUGGAAAGGUUGCAGAUUUUGGAUUGACAAAGCUCACUGAAGUUGGAAGUGCUUCAUUGUCAACACGUCUAGCGGGUACAUUUGGAUACAUGCCCCCUGAGUACGCUCAAUAUGGUGAUGUUUCUCCAAAGGUAGAUGUUUAUGCUUUUGGAGUUGUCUUGUACGAACUUAUUUCAGCUAAGGAAGCUAUAGUCAGGACAAAUGGAUCUGAGACUGAAUCAAAGGGACUUGUUGGUCUGUUUGAGGAUGUUCUUAGCCAGCCAGAGCCAAAAGAAAAUCUCCGCAAACUUGUUGAUCCAAGGCUUGGGGACAACUGCCCGCUUGACUCAGUUCAUAAGAUGGCCCAGCUUGCGAGGGCUUGCACACAUGAGACUCCAGCUCAAAGACCGAGUAUGAGGUCCGUUGGUGUUGCAUUAAUGGCACUUUCAUCCUCAACUGGAGAUUGGGAUGUUGGCACCUUCUAUGAGAACCAAGCUCUAGUAAAUCUAAUGUCAGGAAGGUAGCAGAUGCCACACGAUCCGUACUGAUGCUUCUGCCUGCAGGUGCUACGUGUGAAAGAAAUCCAACUUAAUCUUACCUUGAAUUCGUCACUCUACAAUAAGCAAAUGUUUUAGUUAAGUUUGUAAAUUGAUUCAUGUGAACCACUAUGGGGUAGUGUCCAAAAAGAAGAAAGAGAACAAAUGGAAGAAGAAAAGAUUUGCCUUCAUAAAUCAUUAUGUAUCGUUAAGUAAAUUUAGUUGUGUAAAUUGGGAGAUAAGAUUUUUAUUAUGAAGUAUUCCAUGUGAAAGUUUAUUGUAAAACAGAAACCUGUGUUGUCCAGUUAUAUUUACAGCUACUAGUUC